AUGCCUCAGAUCCCGUGGGUUAGGAACAACAAACCUCCCUCCUUUGUUCCCUGCCUCCCGUCAGCCUUCAGACAGGUUGGGUCUUUGCCUACGUGACUUAAGGCAACCGUCCUGCUGGGCAGUGCUACAGGUACCAGCCAGUAGGGGUCAACCCCAGCCCCCACACAGCCACCAGUGGUUGACCAGUGGGUAUGGCCUGCCCACUACAUCACACAACAUCAUGGGGAGGUUUGCACGCAGGGCGGCCCGUCUGGCUGCCCUUGUCAUCCCCUUAAGCCUCUUUAACCCCAGAGCCUGCUGUGCCUGGAGCCCGGUGUUGACUGGGAGCACCUCUGUGUGUGUUUCUAGCUUGCAGCCCAAUGUGGACACCCGUCAGAAGCAGAUGACAGCCUGGUGCUCCUUGGUGCUGUCAUACUGUCGCCUCAACAAGCUGUACACGAUGACGGUCCUGGAAGCUCAGGAGAGUCCACUUUUCAACAACAGGAAGCUGCAGCGGAAACUCCCCAUGGAAUCCAUACAAGUUGUGUUGGAAGAACUCAGGAAAAAAGGGAACCUAGAAUGGUUAGACAAGAACAAAUCCACUUUCCUGAUCAUGUGGCGGAGACCAGAAGAAUGGGGAAAGCUCAUCUAUCAGUGGGUGUCUAAGAAUGGCCUGACCAACUCCGUGUUCACGCUUUAUGAGCUGUCCCAUGGAGAUGACACGGCGAAUGAAGAGUUCCAUGGCUUGGAGGAGUCCAUGUUGCUUCGUGCCCUGCAAGCCUUACAACAAGAACACCGAGCUGAAAUUAUCUCACUCGACGACGGCCGAGGCGUCAAGUUCUUUUAACAGGCACCCCCUUCUUUCCCCCUCUCCUCUGACUGCUAAAGCAUUUCCAGCUUGAAAGGUUCAGUCUCCAGGCCUACCACUGAGCAGUGACUGGAAGCCGCUGCAUAUUCUGGCUUUCUUGGGGCAAGGAGAAGCUGCGAAGCCUUCCGGAGACGUGACUUUUUCUUAGACCUCUUCAGAGAUCUUCUGUCUUUCUCUUCUCCCUGUUGAUUCUAUCUGUCUGGGGAGUUCAGGGGGCUUUAGGUAGAUUCAAAGGGAGCUGCUCCAGGAAUGACGCGGAACCACUCCAGUUAUUGAGCUUGGCUCCCGUGAAAGUAACUGAAGAGCAGAUGCUGGCAAGCCAAUCACAUGGCUCUCCAGCUGGUGGCUGGUGAGCUGAGUGUGGUGUUCAAAGGGCAGAUCUCUGGCCCCUGUUCUGGUCACAGCAUCAGGCUCUGCCAGCCCCUACUGCAUCGCAGAGCGUGACGAGCGCGGGCUCAGGCUGAUUCCCGCAGAAGAACAAGAGGCGCUCACUGUGAAGCAGACUGUGGUGGGGGUGGUUGCCUGGGGAUUCCUUUGGCAUAAUUAAACAAAGGUAUAUUUAUAGAGCA